CAGCUCAUACAUGACUUCACGAUCGACGUUACACAAGUUGGGCAACUUCAAACCGUGAAAUUUCCAGUCACAGUCGGUCCGCAAAGAUGACGGAGAGCUCCGCGAACAAGCUGCUGAACGGAGACGCCUGUCACCGCACAUCAAAUGGAAGAAAAUCGGGCAAAAAUGGCUUCGUGAAGAACCACUGCUUGUUCCAACAGCCACAGAAGUACCGUCGCCCCAGGGAGAAGAACCGAAAUGUCACACACAACUCCAGUCUGUACAAGAAGCCCUUUUUGGAAUCAUUUGAGGAGACUCCUCUCCUGGUGGCUGUGCUCACCUACAUGGGCUAUUGCAUCCUCACCAUCUUUGGCUACCUCCGAGACUUCCUUCGCCACUGGAACAUCGAGAAGUGCCAUGUGGCUCGGGAGAGAGAGGAGCAGAAGGAUUUCGUCCCCCUUUAUCAGGACUUUGAGAACUUUUACACCAGGAACUUGUACAUGAGGAUUCGAGACAACUGGAACCGACCCAUCUGUAGCGUGCCUGGUGCUAAGAUGGACCUGGUGGAGAGAGUUUCCCAUGACUACAACUGGACCUUCGAGCACACAGGCAAAGUGGUGAAGGACGUCAUCAAUAUGGGCUCAUAUAACUACCUCGGCUUCGCUGAGAACACCGGGGCUUGUGCCGAUGCUGCUAUUGAGUCCACACAAAAGUAUGGAGUUGGAGUGGCCAGCACUCGCUGCGAGAUGGGGAACUUGGACAUCCAUGAGGAGCUGGAGCAGUUGGUUGCCAGGUUCCUCGGUGUUGAGUCAUCUAUGGCUUUUGGCAUGGGCUUUGCAACCAACUCCAUGAACAUUCCUGCUCUCACCGGGAAGGGUUGUCUCAUUCUGAGUGACGAGCUGAAUCACGCGUCACUGGUGCUGGGCGCACGCCUGUCUGGCUCCACAAUUCGGGUCUUCAAACACAACAACAUGCAAAGCCUGGAGAAGCUGCUGAGAGAUGCUAUCGUACACGGGCAGCCGAGAACCCACCGACCCUGGAAGAAAAUUCUCAUUGUAGUGGAGGGCAUAUACAGUAUGGAGGGGUCCAUUGUGCGUCUGCCAGAGGUCAUUGCUCUGAAGAAGCGCUACAAGGCGUAUCUGUACCUGGAUGAGGCUCACAGUAUCGGGGCCCUGGGACCUAACGGCAGAGGAGUGGUGGACUACUUUGGCCUGGAUCCCAAAGAUGUUGACAUCAUGAUGGGAACAUUCACCAAGAGCUUCGGUGCUGCCGGGGGAUACAUUGGAGGCAAAAAGGAGUUGAUCGAGUACCUGCGAUGCCACUCUCACAGCGCCCUAUACGCCACCUCCAUAUCCCCUCCUGUGGCCCAGCAGAUAAUCACCUCUAUGAAGAUCAUCAUGGGAGAGGACGGGACCACACUGGGUGCUGAUCGCCUCAGACAGCUAUCAGAGAACACCAACUACUUCCGCAGGAAACUCCGCGACAUGGGCUUCAUCAUCUACGGCAAUGACGACUCACCCGUGGUACCCAUGAUGCUCUACAUGCCUGCCAAAAUUGGGGCAUUUGGUCGGGAAAUGUUGAAGAGGAACAUCGGCACAGUGGUCGUCGGCUUCCCAGCAACAUCCAUCAUCGAGUCGAGGGCCCGUUUCUGCGUUUCGGCAGCCCAUACCAGAGAGAUGCUUGACACAGCGUUGGGUGCCAUCAGUGAAGUUGGCGACCUGCUGCAGCUGAAGUACUCCAGACGUGAACAGCCUCUUCCCUCGCUUGGGUGGAUGGCCGAGGAGAGCCUGCUUCAGGACUGAGCCACUAUCAUCCAGCCCCCUGCCCCAACUCAACUGUCCCUCCCUUACUUCACCUUUUCUCAUCUGUUGUCCCUCUUUUUUUUGUCCCUCGCUUUCCUCUGAGCCAGUCUCUGUGUCCCACUUUGCCAUAUCUCACAUCAGACUCCCAUGGACUCCCCAGAACCUGAGUCCUUCACAGGUCCACCCCGUUUUGAAACCUGCACACUAUUAUCGCUCAAUAGCCAGUGUGCAGGCUGUGACCUGUCCAGCUGAUUUCACCUAUGGCUGGAGAGGACCAAAGUCACCCUCAUCAGUCUGUACUUGUCCGUUGUUACAAAGUGCGUUCAGAGGCUUUCGGUUUGUCUUAACUUAUUGUGACUGCAGCGGUCUAACAUUGAGUCUUAUUCCUUUGUGCACAUUGAAUGUGUGUCUUAUUUGUGCAAUAAUAACAACAAUGUGGAGUUUCUCUGUAAUUCAAACAACCCAGAGCAAAGUAGAUGAGUUCCUACUUGUGAGCUUGGAGAAAAAGAAAUCUGAUCAUAGCUGUUGCUAUGAUGAACACAACACAAAUUGAUAUAUGUAAAUAUUUUUAUCCUGAAGUUGGUAAUACUGCCUUAGGGUAGCAUCCCAACCCUCAAAGAGAGAUACAUUAUUUCACAGGAGUAACAUUAGCAUGUUCACUCACCAUGUAUUUAUCUGAUGGCUUUUUUUCUAAUCACUUGUACUUGAAUAGAGAUUAUAGAAUAUUGGGUUUAUUCCCUAACCAAAGGAUAUAUAUGUAUAGAUACAAUAUGUUUUCUACAGUUUCUCUGAAAAGAAAAAGCAAAUGUUCCAAAAGAAAACAUGUAACAGGGAAAGAAUCCCAGGGAACAAGGCUACAGAAUAUUUUUUACUGCUUAUUUUCUAUAAAUAUUUUUCAGCCUUAUUUACUGUUUACACCUGCACUCAAAAACUUGAGCCCAGCGUCUUUAACAUUUCUAUAAGAUAACGAGCUACGUGUGUUUUUUUCCUCCCCCUUUGACCAAUUCUUUGUCACCCAAGUGCGAGAUGUGAAUCAGUGUCGACACCGAUCUGUGAGCACGAUGACAACUUUCAUCUGUAUGUAUGACGAUGCGGCUCCCAAGCUUAUCUGAUAUACAGACAGCUUUAUUUAUUUAAAAUGUCUUUGUCAUCUUUCAACGAUCUUGAUUUUGUGAAAAAAACUAUUAUCCGAAAGGCAGCUCCAAAUGUGUCUCAGUGGAAGGUGCAUAUUUUAACAGACUACUUACACGUCUUAACUUCAGUGCUAGCACUACUGACAGGCAUUGUAAAUGCACAGAUGACGUAGUCACUGAAAUUUGCAAGAUUUGUUUGGGUAUGCUUUAAGUGUAAUUUGUUUUCCCCCCUGUCAUAAUUUAUCAUCCGUGGUCAUCUUCUGGAGUAACAUUCCAUAUAAAUCUGCUUUCAAUGUCAAGUGUUUUUGUUUGACUGUUUUUGUCUGACUUUUCUGUGUGGCGUCACCUCAAACAUGGCAUACGUGUCACUGUCAAGUAUCCUGUUCACGUGCGUGUUUAUGUUCUAUCACUUCAUUGAUGUGAAUUGGAGGCUGUGUCAGUGUAGCCGGUCAGAAAGCUGGCCAUUGUCUGGCAUUGUGACCAUUCCUAUAAAUGUUCAUCAAAGUGAUUAAACUCAACUCAAGUUUAGAGAUGCUUUUUAAAAAUUUUUUUUGGCAUUUUUAGCACAGCACAAGAACUUUUUGGGGUCUCUUUUAAAUGUACCUCCAUAAGGCAUUGUUGUCUGUGAGCGAGUCAUUCCAAUAUCAAUGUUUUCUGUUUUUCACACAAAAUGGCUUGAAUAACAACUCCGUGUUGCAUUUGCUUUCAAUAAAUAUGAUGUAAAAGGUGAACUCGA